CAUAAAAAUGCGAGCUUUUCCCACAGCCGUCGAGGCUCAAAAGACCAAACUUGGGUGGCAAUGUCCAUAUUCCUCAAGACCAGUUACUGUCGGCAUUUAUCUUCAACCGCCAUGGCAAUGUGCUCGAGCUUUUGCCCUCAGAUUCCUAAUCACUUUAGAGGGAAACCCAUUUCUCUAUUCUCUUCAAGACCACCAUUUUCUGUUUCCUUCAAGGCCUUGUCUUCUCGAGCGUACGAUGAUCCUCCUAAAGCAGAUAAAUUGCCGGCAAACAUUGGUUUCCUUGGUAUUGGAAUUAUGGGUUCUCCAAUGACACAAAAUCUUAUAAAAGCUGGGUGUGAUGUGACUGUUUGGAAUCGGACCAAGAGCAAAUGUGAUCCUCUCAUCAGCUUAGGUGCAAAAUAUAAAUCAUCUCCUGAGGAAGUAGCUGCAUCUUGUGAUGUCACAUUUGCCAUGCUUUCGGAUCCUGAGAGUGCAGUUGAUGUUGCUUGUGGGAAGCAUGGAGCUGCGAGCGGAAUGAGUUCAGGAAAAGGGUAUGUGGAUGUUUCAACUGUUGAUGGUGCAACCUCUAAAUUGAUUUCUCAACAUAUUAAAUCCACUGGAGCAUUGUUUUUGGAGGCUCCAGUUUCCGGCUCAAAAAAGCCAGCAGAAGAGGGUCAGCUCAUAUUUCUUACAGCAGGAGAUAAAUCUCUUUAUGAAACAGUUGGUCCUUUCUUAGACAUCAUGGGGAAGUCAAGAUUCUACCUCGGGGAUGUCGGAAAUGGGGCUGCCAUGAAACUUGUUGUGAACAUGGUCAUGGGAAGUAUGAUGGCCUCAUUUGCUGAAGGGCUGCUUCUCAGUGAGAAAGCAGGACUAGACCCAAGCGUACUCGUUGAGGUCAUCUCGCAGGGCGCAAUUAGCGCACCAAUGUACUCGAUGAAAGGCCCGUCAAUGAUCAAAUCCCUUUAUCCUACUGCAUUUCCCUUGAAGCAUCAACAGAAGGACUUGAGGCUUGCUCUGGGUUUAGCUGAAUCUGUGAACCAACCCACUCCGAUUGCAGCAGCUACGAAUGAACUCUACAAAGUAGCCAAAUCAUACGGCCUCAGUGACCGGGAUUUUUCGGCUGUCAUCGAGGCGUUGAAAGGAAAGUUGCAGCAGUGAACAAAAUAGCCUCGGCUUUUCAUCCCCGAGAGGUGAGUUUAUUGUAGCUGCCCUUUAUCAUGGUCAUCUGCAGCUAGAGCCCGAUUAAAUUGAUUAAUUCUUUGAAGAACAUAAACUCAGCCUCAUAGAAGUUGGAAGUCAAUAAUAUAAUUCCGUGUAAUAGCUUAUACAAUUUUAUUA